CCGCCUCACACCCGCUCAACCAAUGAGGGUAAAAGACCCAUCCUCCCGAAGUAAUGGUGAAAUGACAAAAAGGAGCAAAAGACCUAAAAAGCCUCAGGAUGAAGAGUCAUCGGAUGAAGUCUCAGGCUCAGCAUGUCAGCACAUUAUCACAUCAGUGGAUCUGAUCGAAGUGAAGAAGGCUGUUGCUCAAAAUCACUGGUCAGUCUGUUCUGAAUGUGUCAGGGAUUUGAAAGCACAUGAUGGAGAGCCUGAAAUUUCACCAGAUAUUUGGAUGUGCCUCAAAUGUGGUUACCAGGGUUGCAGUCGAAACUCGGAAGAUCAACAUUCUCUGAAGCAUUCCCAGGCAACUCGCUCAGAUCCACACUGCAUCGUGAUUAAUCUGGAGUCAUGGAGCAUUUGGUGCUAUGAAUGCAAUGAAGAACCAGCACAGUGCAAUAAAAAGGCUCUUGCUCAAGCACUGGAUUUUCUGCAGAAACAUGCCAUUAAGACGGGCUCAGGUUUAACUUCCAAACCAUUGAAAGUUCGAGAAGAAAUUUCUGAUGGCAGUGAAACAAUAAGAGGAAAACAUCCAGUGAACAAUGUAACUGCCCCAGUCAAAGGACUAAGCAAUUUGGGAAAUACAUGCUUUUUUAAUGCUGUUAUGCAGAACUUGGCUCAGACACACAUGCUCAGUGAACUCCUGAAUGAAAUGAAGGAGAAAGAAACAAAGCUGAAGAUCUCCCCACCCACAGACUCAAAUUUGGAUCCAUUGAUGAUAAUACUCCCCAGCCCUGGAUCUUUGACCUCAGCCAUGUAUUUAUUCCUUCAUAGCAUGAAAGAAGCAGGGAAAGGACCAGUGACUCCAAGAUUACUUUUCAACCAACUCUGUCAGAAAGCUCCAUGGUUCAAGGGGUUUCAGCAACAAGAUAGCCAGGAACUACUUCACUAUUUGCUGGAUGCCUUAAAAAUUGAGGAAACUAAGCGUAUACAGAGUGGUAUCUUGAAAGCUUUCAACAAUCCAACAGUCAAAACUGCUGAUGAGGAGACCAAACGGAAAGUAAAAGUAUACGGCAAAGAAGGUGUGAAGAUGAACUUUGUUGAUCAAAUCUUUGUUGGAGAGCUGAUUAAUAUCAUCAUGUGUGAGGAAUGUUCACAUAUUUCAACUGUUAAAGAGCCCUUCAUUGAUCUUUCACUUCCAAUUAUAGAAGAAAGGGCUGCAAAACCAGUGCCUUUAGGAAGAAUACAUAAAAAUCAGACCAUACAGGAUGCAGAAACUCAGGAAAAUAUCUCAAUGUCAAGUAAGCAGGACACUUGUGUUAUGUCUUCUACCCCAACUAAAUAUCAACCAAAGAAUGCCAGGAAAUCAGCUUUAACAAAAUGCAAGCAGAGUCAAGCAAACGAACAAAGAAUAAAAGGAAGGAAUAGAUCCAUAGACGAUGAGAGAAGUUGGCAUGCUUCAGUAGAACAAAGUAAUGAACACCAAGAGGAGAACAGUAAUCUGACACUUUGUCAGCCCAAGUUGGAAGAAGCCAAUAACCCUAGUCAAUCCGAAGGCAGUGAAAAAGAUGGCAAUCAAUCAGAUGGAAGCAAUGAUGCAGAUGGUGAAGCAUCCGAAUGUGAGAAUCCUUCAAAACAAGUGGAUUCCCUGAAGUGCAACAUAGAUUCCAAUUUUAAUAUGGCAACGAUCAACCACGUGCUAUUCAAUGGUGAUUUGGUGCAAUCUAAACACAAGGACCUCAGUUAUAAUGAUUCUAUAUCCAGUGCAAUGUCGAAGCUCAGCCUCAACAGUAUCAAAAAUGAAAAUCUAAUUAUUGAUUCUGUUAUUGAGGAACAGACAGAUUGUGUUUCAUUCAACAUUCAAGAUACAAGAGCAGGAUCUGUCAUAUCAAAAAACCCAACUACAGCAUUUCAGACGCUGUCUCAGAGCUAUGUUGCCAAACCCAAGGAAUGUUCACUUCAAUCCUGCCUCCAUCAGUUCACAUCUGUGGAUCUCCUUAUGGGUAAUAAUAAACUGUUGUGUGAAAAGUGUACAGAAAAAAGGCAAAAACAACAAAAGAAGGCACAUUCAGCAGAGAAAAAGCCUGAGCCUGUGUACACAAAUGCUCGGAAGCAAAUGUUGAUUACUGCCGUCCCACCUGUCUUAAAUCUUCACCUUAAAAGAUUCCACCAGGCAGGUUUGAGCUUGCGGAAAGUGAAUAGACAUGUGGAUUUUCCAUUAGUACUGGAUUUGGCACCAUUUUGUUCAUCUAACUGCAAGAAUGUUGGAGAGGGAAACCAAGUGCUCUACAGUCUUUAUGGUAUCGUGGAACAUUGUGGGUCUAUGCGUGGAGGUCACUACAUAGCAUAUGUGAAGUAUAGAAUACCCAACAAAAAAUUGUUUGAGCGUAUUGCAUGUAGCAAGAAUAAUUCAGGUUUCAGGGAUGCCGUUGCAGCACAACCUGGACAGUGGGUUUAUGUAAGUGAUGUCCAUGUACAAACAGUUCCCGAAUCUAGAGUGCUGAAUGCUCAGGCCUAUCUAUUGUUCUAUGAACGCCUUUUAUAAACUCAUUGCUGGGAAAAGUGGUGUCAACACUAUGGUAAAUAUUCAUCUGAUCCUUUGGUAGAUGCAUCAUUACUAUUCUUUCAUUUAUUAGAACAGAUGAUGGGAAUGUCUUAACAAAAAUGAUCAGCAAAGAAACUCAAUGCAAAAAAGUAAGAAUGUAUAUCAUGAAGAAUUAAGGUUAUUUACUAAUUCUGCCUUUAAUACUGUAAUUAAUGGUUUUCCGGGUGUAUAUUCUCUUGUAAUGGAAUGCAGAUAUUUUCAUUUGUGGUUAUUUUCAUUCAACAAAGUUUUUUUUGAAAAAUUAUGCUUUAUUGCAGUUGAUUUGCACAUGCAGAGACUAUGGCUAUAUAUGUUUAAAAGUAAGGAAGACUAAUCUAAAGUAUUAACUAGAGGAACUUGUAUCAUAUUUCAUGAAUUGAUGUUUACUGUCAAAGACAACAGUGUAGAAAUAAAGGUUAAGUGAUAUAUUAAUUAAAAUAUGACGUAAUUAUGGAUUAUUACCUGACAGAAUUUAUUUAUAUUUUUUUAAAAGUGACAAAAUAUUGGCUAGCCAUCUCACUUCCUAUUUGUGUUCACAUUGCAACAUAUUGUAAAAUCAUUGACUUAGUGGUACCUGGAGUCAGAGACAAUUGAGGAAUUUUGUCAUACUUAAUUUCAAAUGAAUGUCACAAAAUUGUACCUAAGUGGACUGAGUCUCUUUCAGUACACAUACUUAUUGAAUUAACUUGCACAGUUUCACCAUGUCAUUUAAUUCAUGUAUUUUGUUUCUAAUCUUUGCUGAUGUUAAAUCUGAUGUGGAUUUCAUGUUCACAGAUGUUUUAAUAAAUGAUUUACCAGCAA